AUGGACUUAGUACCGUUGGGCAGAUAUGUAGUUGUCUUAGAAACCCCCUGGAUUAAGAGGCAUAAUCCAAACAUUGAUUGGGAACAAACUUCUGGGGAGGCCGGAUACCAUACUAUAGCAGCUACGGAUCCUUCACUGGUCGGCAAGACCGAUGCAAAAGAAAUUCCAGUGCAGUACAGAAAGUUCGCCAAGCUGUUCGAAGACCCGCAGGAUUUGAGAGCCCUGCCAGAACAUAAGCCUUGGGAUCAUGAGAUCAACUUCAAAGAGGGAUUCGUACCCCCGGUCGAGAAGUUGAGACUACAUAACCCCAGUACUCUAAGAAUAUGGGAAGAAUACAGAUCUAAAGCUGAGAAGAAAGGAUGGAUUAGGAAAUCCAAGUCCCUUUGUGCAGCCAACGUAUUGUUAGCAUUCAAGAAGGGAGAUCCGAAUAGUCGACCUUGCUGA